UUUCUUUGAAAGCAGCAGGAACGUGAUCUGAAAAAUGAACGACGGUUGCUGCUCAAAGUGUCAGGUUAAAGCAAUAAAGAAGAAGAACUCGAAGAAAACCGAAGAAGAGUCUCGUGAAGAGGAUGUGAAAGAAAAACAGAAAGUUUCAGAGAGUGAGAAUCCGAAAAAAGAUUCCAAUGAGGAAAAAGGAUCACAUGAAAAAACAGAUCAGAAGGAUAAGAAGAAGAAGAGCAUCCUCACAUGGCAACACUCAAGUACAAAGAAAGAGAAGGAUGUUGGUAAAAAGAAGGACUUGGUAAGUGAGAAAAAUGAUGUUAACCCGCCGUGUUACACCGCUAAAUCGAUGAUCUACCAUGGUGGACCCAAUCCUUUAAACCGGUGGCCCAUAUCCGCAGCCCCUAGAAGCCAUUAUCCCCCAUUUUCGAUGGGAGCGAUGUAUGGACCAUAUGGUGGUUGUGGACCUUGUGGUGGUCCAAUUUAUCCAUACCAAUCCAUGCCUCGAGCCACAAUGUUCAAUGGUGUUCACAUUUCACCAUAUCCGCCUAUGGCUGCAGCAUAUCCUCCUAUGGCUGCAGCUGGUCCUUUCCCCUAUUGGCAAACCAGACCGUACAUGGAUACAAAUCCUAUGAAGCGUUACACUAGCUAUGCAGACAAUUACUCCUAUUGCUUUAUAUGAGUCUAUAUGUUUUUCCUCUCUUUGCUUCAUCUAAGUAAGAAGAAACUAAAUUAAUGACAAGAGUUAAGGAUCAUUUUGCUAUGCAGACAAGUACUCAUAUUGCUUUAUAUCAGUUCCUUCUUACUGAGUC